CCCAGUCCUUGAAUAGCACCCCAUUUUCUUUUGUGCGUCCUGCACAAUCACAUAUUUCCCUGCUCCACCUUCUCAAUUCAGUGGUUGCUUUCUACCCAGAGUUCAGCCUGGCCGGCACAACCAUUCCAGCUAAAGGGGAGGAGGACUUCCUCACACUGGCAGCCUCACGGCUCAGCCGAAAGAAACGUGUCAUUGGGGCUGGAGUCGGCGUGGCCAUGGUUCUGGUCCUGCUGGUAGCCAUUCCCCUAUUGGUCCACACCACCAAGGGGGGAGGGUCCGGAGGAGGAGGCACGCACUAUGAGAUGCUGGGUAGCUGCAAGAUGGUGUGUGACACUUUCACCCCCCCACAGGGAGAGCUGACAGCCGUCUCCCCUCAGCCCCCAGACUUCUCAAACCGCAGGGGCAAACAGGGGUUCAGAGGAAGCCCCGGACUUCCUGGUCCUCCAGGUCCUAAAGGCCCCCCUGGAGAGCCCGGUAAGCCCGGCCCACCUGGCCCACCAGGGCCUGGACCUGGUGGUUACGGCCCUUCCUUCUACAGCCCCAAAAUUGCCUUCUAUGCCGGCCUCCGGAAGCAACACGAAGGGAGUGAAAUACUCAAAUUUGACGAUGUGGUGACCAAUGUAGGGAACUACUAUGAGCCGAGUACUGGCAAGUUCACCUGCCCUCUGCCAGGUAUCUACUACUUCACCUACCAUGUCCUGAUGAGAGGAGGUGAUGGGACGAGCAUGUGGGCAGACCUGAAGAAGAAUGGACAGGUGAGGGCCAGUGCAAUCGCUCAAGACGCAGAUCAGAACUACGACUACGCCUCCAACAGUGUUAUCCUGCACCUGGACGUGGGGGACGAAGUGUGCGUGCAGCUGGACGGGGGCAAAGUCCACGGGGGAAACACCAACAAAUACAGCACUUUCUCCGGCUUCCUCAUCUACCCUGACUGACAAUCUCCUCACAUUCCUAUACUCCCCCUCUGUAAUCAAGCAAAAAGUAUCAUCUCCUUUCUUCCUCUAACACUGCCAUAAUGUAAUUUGUCAUUUAACUGCCCUUCAAUAAAUGAAACAU